CAAAAUUUUUAAAAAAAAUUAUUUUUAGAUUAAUCAUAUUUCCCUUUAGGCCUUUAUCAAAAUUUAGACAAUACAAAUUGCGAAUCGCCCGCACCCAUUAAACAAAUCAGUAUCAAAAAUGCUCGCCAUGUCCAAGAAAGAGAAAGAGAAUAUACAAAUAAAGGUCAGCACUGAUGAGGAAUUAAAAAAGUUUCUUAAACAGAAAGGAUUAUUGGUACUGGAAGUGUACUCGGAAUGGUGUGGUCCUUGUCUUGGCAUGGUUGGUAGUUUAGAAAAAGUCAGGAAUAAAAUGGGCGGCGAUAAUUUGCAUUUGGCUGUGUGCAAAGCUGACACUAUCUCAACUUUAAAAAGAUUUCGAAGAAAAAGUAAACCUGUUUGGAUAUUUGUCAAUAAAGGCAAAGCUGUUAAUAUGUAUUCAGGCUCCGAAGGUCCUGAACUUUGUAAAAUGAUUGUUGAGGAAAUGAAGCUGUUGUCAGUGCCAAAUCGAGCUAGUUACAAAAUUGAAAAAGAAAUCAAACGAUAGUUAAGCAUUUCGUCCCUCAAGGAGAGUUGCGUUGGCAACCAAUCCAAUUGAACAAUGGAAAGGAAAAAAGGAAUGAAAAAUGUUUGAUCGAUUUAAAUGUAUUAAGUCAAAAUAUAAAAAAUAAAUUAAAAUAUGAU